AUGGUCAAGAGCAGUCAGGAGGGACUCACAGGCAGUGACAUUUUAAGGACUCGCCAUCCUGCCAGACGAAAGUGGACUGAUCAGUUCAUUUAUUUUGGUACAAUGCUCAAAGUGGACCCAGAUUCUUUCAAUGAUUCAAUGAGCGAAGUUGUAGAGGCGGAGGACAUAGACACAGUUGGAAGCGAUGAUAUGGAUGAGUCCGAGAAUGAGGCGCCGGUGCUCCCAAAGGGAAAAGGUUUCGCACCCUCUCCUAAUCUUAAAAAACGAACUCGAUCCAGUGGUACCAAGCUGUUUGCGACUUUCCUUGAUUCCAACCCGGAUUCCGAUGUUGUACUGGUGGAAGAUCAUAGCUAUGAGCAUGAAAGGACAAAAAGGCCACAAAGAAAGUGCCGCCAAGUCAUCUCUGACCGUCAGAUGGAAUUAGAAGCAUCAGAUUUGGGAAAUACUACACUGGCAGACACAGGUAUAGAAUUGGCACCUGUCAUGUUAGACGUUCCUGCAGCAAUGUCCACUUUGAAGAAUUCGGAUGGCGACAAGAGGAGCAGUGUGGCACAAAUUGAUGUGACACAACUGGAAUCAGAGCCUGGGACAUUGGGAGACGUUGGUUUGAUCCCACCAGCUGAAGACAAACCAACUUUGAACAUGCCACUGGAUGACUCAGAAUCAAGCACACUGCCUGCCAGUGUCACACCAGCGGAUGAAUACUACGAUGAUUACUACACUGAUCAUACUAUUGGCUUUGGUACUCCCAGGGAAUAUAUGCUAGUACCCUCCGCAUCUGAGUCCGGCAGUACCUCGACAACUAUGAGUACUGCCAGUGCUUCCGUCUCAGUUUUUUCGACUCAUGCAGCACAUGGGCCUGGGGAUCUUGGUUCCGGCCGUCCACGGAAUCUGCAGGCACUGGGCAACGUCCCCCGACUCACAUCAUCUCGAUCGGCAUUCAGGAUGCUCGUCAAACCAAAGGCCAAUCCCUGGGAUAGGAAAUGA